AUGGGGAACCUGUGUUGCUGCAUUCAAGGUGACUCGAGGAAGCCUUCCAAAAAGCGUGUGAAAAGGGAGCCCUACUCUACUACCAAGGUGACUUCGGGGAGCACAUUCAAUGAGAAUACAAGAAGAUAUGCUGUGCACACCAACCAGUGUCGGAGACCUCAUGGCUCCCCGGUAAAGAAGAAGAUGUACCCACAAGAAGAUGACCUCCAUCAUACAAUCUUCAGCAACCUUGAAAGAUUGGACAAGCUUCAGCCCACUCUUGAAGCCUCUGAGGAGUCUCUAGUUCACAAGGACAGAGGAGAUGGAGAAAGGCCAGUCAAUGCGAGGGUGGCCCCUCUGAGGCGUGAAUAUAGUAAGUAUUCUGGAAUCACUUGCCAAGAAAACAAUCUGGAUGCCAAGAAACGUGUGGCAUCCUUGCCUGGUUUCAAUGUGAAGAGCCACCCUGAUCCUGGGAUUGUGAUAGGAAUAACUCCCCAUGGGGACACCGUCCACGACAUCACGAACGAGGAGGCCGUCCACGACACUGCCAAUAAGGACACCUUCCAUGGCACCGCCGACGAGGUCGCCAUCCACGGCACCACCGACGAGGACACCGUCCACGGCACCGCCGACGAGGAUGCCGUCCAGGGCAUCGCCAACGAGGACGCCAUCCACGGCAUCGCUGACUGGGACGCCAUCCAGGGAUUCACUGACUGGGACGCCGUCCAGGGCCUCGCUGACUGGGACGACGUCCAGGGCCUCGCUGACUGGGACGCCAUCAAGGGCAUCACUGAUGGGGACGCUGCCCAGGGCAUCGCUGAAGGGGACGUCGUCCAUGGCAUCGCUGACGGUGUCACUGUCCAGGGCAUCGCUGACGAGGACGCCGCCCAGGGCAUCGCUGACAAGGACGCCAUCCACGGCAUUGCCGACGGGGACGCCGUCCAGGGCAUUGCUCUCGAUGACGCCGUCCACGGCAUCGCUAACGAGGAUGCCGCCCAGGGCAUCGCCAACUGGGAUGCUGUCCAGGACAUCGCUAAUGAAGAUGGAUUCCACAGCAUCGAUAACAAGGAUGCCGUCCAGGGCAUCGAUAACGAGGACGCCAUCCAGGGCAUCGCCAACGAGGACGCCGUCCAGGGCAUCGCCACCUGGGAUGCCGUCCAGGGCAUCGCCAACUGGGACGCCGUCCACGGCUUCGCCGACGAGGUCGCCUUCCACGGCAUCGCCGACGGGGACGCCGCCCAGGGCAUCGCCGACGGGGGCAUCGCCGACGGGGACGCCAUCCACGGCAUCGCCGACGGGGUCGCUGCCCAGCGCAUCGCCGACUGGGAAGACGCCCAGGGCAUCGCCGACUGGGAUGCCGCCCAGGGCAUCGCCUAUGGGGAUGCCGCCCAGGGCAUCGCCAACGGGGACGCCACCAAGGGCAUGGGCAACGAGGUUGCCGUCCAUGGCAUCGCUAACGAGGAUGCCGUCCACGGCAUCGCUAACGAGGAUGCCGUCCACGGCAUCGCUAAUGAGGACGCCCUCCACGGCGUCGCUAACGAGAAAAUCAAAUGUUAA